AUCCUUCAACAACUGGCUGGAUCUCUUCUCUCCCCCCCCCACCCCACCAUGACAACAAACCCAGCACUAGAAUCGCCAUCUACCCCAUGGCCACAUAGCAGACUGCCAAUGGGUAAGGAAGACUCUUCGGUGGUUGGAUGCGCUUCCCAAAGCCCUGAUAGUAGCUGAAGCGGGACGUAGCCAAUGUCGUCCAGCAAAGGGGCGGGGGCUGGAGCUCGCCGGCGGCGGACGCGGUGCCGGAAGUGCAAAGCUUGCCUGCGGUCGGAGUGUGGGGAGUGCCACUUCUGCAAGGACAUGAAGAAGUUCGGGGGGCCCGGGCGCAUGAAGCAGUCGUGCCUCCAGAGGCAGUGUACAGCGCCAGUCCUACCUCACACAGCUGUGUGCCUGGUGUGUGGGGAGGCCGGGAAAGAGGACACCGUGGAGGGCGAGGAGGAGAAGUUCAACCUGUCACUCAUGGAAUGUACCAUCUGCAACGAGAUUGUACAUCCAGGCUGCUUAAAGAUGGGAAGAGCCGAAGGGGUCAUAAACAACGAAAUUCCAAACUGUUGGGAAUGUCCCAAGUGCAAGAGAGAAGGCAAAUCGAUGAAAGACUCGGGCGAUGGCACGGGGAAGCGGCGGUCUGACAACGGCGAGGAGGGGGUCCGGUGGAAGCUGACGGACGAGCCCGCUCAGAACAAGAAGAAGUUGACGCCGGCCCCACCUCUUCCCCCACCAUCUGCCGAGGAGGCCCAAGCCGGGAUCCACAAGCGCAAGAAAGAGAAGGAGCUGCCGCCUCCGGACACAGGGCCCAAGAAAAAGUUAAAAGGCACGCGGGAAAAGCAUUUGAAAAAGGCCACUGAACAGCCCCCCGAUGGGAACAAGUUGCAAUCGAUGCAGACCUGGAGCCGUACGGGCAGUGGGGACUUCGAGGUGAAGGGCCCCAUCUCCCACCCAUCUAUCCACCUGAACCAGAUCACGGCCAGCGACUUGGAGAAACCGAAGGUUCCUUCAGGCCCCUUGGAACCCUCAGCUCAGUCGGACAAGUCCCACCAGCGCGAGAAGCUGGAGCGUUUCAAGCAGAUGUGCCAGAUGUUGGAACGGGUGAAGAACAGCAGCAGCUCGAGCUCCAGUUCGGACUCUGACUCCGACACGGACUCUCGGGGCUCUGACGGCUCCAGCGGGGGCGUCUCGAGCCGGGCCGCAUCCCCGACCACCCGCUCUCAGCGCCUGGCUGCCCUGGGCUUUAGCGCCAGCGAGGAAGACGAGGAGGAGGAGGAGGAGGAAGAGGAGGCGGAGGAGGAGGGCGGGAGGCGCAAUGGCGGCUCGGAGACGGCGCGCAAUGGCAAGCAGCCGAAAGCCCGAGGGAACUCUCAGGAGAAAGAGAACAAUCACCGUCCGUCCAGCAGGGGGAGCGAGCGAGGGAAGCAGCAGGCGGGGGGCCGCAAGGCGGGCCGGCCCGCCGGGCAGACGGGACUCCGCAUGGUGGCCCGGACUCAGUUCCUCAACUGGCCCCUGGUGCCCUCCCCUCCCAAGCCUCUGCUUCAACUGGAGAGGCACGUGGUCCGGCCUCCCCCCGACAGCCCCGAACCCGACUCCUUGCCCCUGGACAGCGGCUCCGACCACAUCAUGCAGCGGGACGUUUGGUUGGCCGUCUUCCAAUACCUCAGCUACCGGGAGCUGUGCGUCUGCAUGAGGGUAUGCCGGACAUGGAGCCGUUGGUGCUGUGACAAGCGGCUCUGGACGCACAUUGACCUGAGCCGUCGAAAAUCCAUCACUCCCUCCAUGCUGAGUGGCAUCAUCCGCCGGCAGCCGGCCAGCCUCGACCUGAGCUGGACCAACAUCUCCAAGAAGCAGCUCAUGUGGCUCCUCAACAGGCUACAAGGCCUCAAGGAGCUCGUCCUGACCGGCUGCUCUUGGUGCUCGGUGUCGGCUCUCAGCACCGCCAGCUUCCCCUCCUUGCGGCUCCUGGACCUGCGCUGGAUCGAGGAUGUCAAGGACUCCCACCUCCGCGAGCUGCUGCUGCCUGCCACAGACACUAAGCCGGGCCAGACCGACAGUCGGGGCCGGCUCCAGAACGUCUCCGAGCUGCGUCUCUCCGGGCUGGACAUCACGGACUCCUCGCUGCGCCUGGUGAUCCGGCACACCCCCCAGCUUGCCAAACUGGACCUGAGCCACUGCAGCCACGUGGGCGACCAGUCUGUUAACCUGCUGACCGCUGCUAACUCCCCGCUCCGAGAAACCCUCACUGAACUCAACCUCGCAGGGUGCAACCGGCUGACGGACCAGUGUCUGCCCCUUUUCCGCCGCUGCCCUCGCCUCUCCCUCAUCGACCUGCGCUCUUGCCACCACGUCACGCCCGAGGCCUGCGCUCGCUUCGCCGAGGACUCCGCCUCCAACAGCACCUCCGUCCCUCCCGCCCCCGGCUCGGCGCCCACCGGGCCUCCUUUCCGUUGCCCUGAGGAGAAAUUGCUGCUGAAGGACAGCUAAUACCCGCCCUGGGGUGGAGGUGCGGGGAAACUCGGCCUUGCCGAUCGGACGACCGGACCGGAACACGGACUCUGAGAGAACCUUUUUACUUAAAGCCAUGCACUGAACCGGAGUGGCGUCUCCACCCCCUUAAUGUGCGCAGCGAAGAGGG